CGUAUUUAACUUGACGGACCUUAACGGCCCGCAGCAUCCAGCAUCCUCGGCUCUUGACAGGCCACGGAGCUGAUUCCCAGCUCCUUCUAACCGAAUUACUAUAGUUGUGUUGGAGUGUGCUGGUGAUCAUGGGGGAACUAUUCAGGAGUGAGGAGAUGACCCUGGCUCAGCUGUUUCUCCAAUCUGAGGCGGCCUACUGCUGUGUCAGUGAACUGGGAGAACUUGGCAUGGUCCAAUUUAGGGAUCUGAAUCCAGAUGUGAACGUGUUCCAGCGCAAGUUUGUGAAUGAAGUGAGGAGAUGUGAGGAGAUGGACCGGAAACUAAGGUUUGUGGAGAAGGAGAUCAAGAAAGCCAACAUUCCAACUGUCGACACUGGGGAGAAUCCUGAGGUGCCUUUUCCAAGGGAUAUGAUCGAUCUGGAGGCAACCUUUGAGAAGUUGGAGAAUGAGCUGAAGGAGAUCAACACCAACCAGGAAGCCCUGAAAAAGAAUUUCUUGGAGUUAACAGAGCUUAAACACAUCCUCCACCGAACACAGCAGUUCUUUGACGAGAUGGAAGAUCCCAACUUGUUGGAAGAGUCUUCAGCUCUAAUGGAGGGCAACGAAGGGGGCCGAGGGGCUCCACUCAGAUUGGGGUUUGUUGCUGGAGUGAUCAGCAGGGAGAGGAUUCCAACCUUUGAGAGGAUGCUGUGGCGGGUGUGUCGAGGCAAUGUUUUCUUACGGAAGGCUGAGAUUGAGGACCCACUUGAGGACCCCGCUACAGGAGACCAGGUCCACAAGUCUGUCUUCAUCAUUUUCUUCCAAGGUGACCAGUUGAAGAACAGGGUGAAGAAGAUCUGUGAAGGUUUCCGUGCCUCUCUCUAUCCAUGUCCAGAGACCCCACAAGAGAGGAAAGAGAUGCUUGCAGGAGUCAACAGUCGUAUUGAUGAUCUCCAAAUGGUACUGAACCAGACUGAGGACCACCGUCAACGUGUAUUGCAGGCCGCCUCAAAGACCAUGCGAGUUUGGUUCAUCAAGGUCAGGAAGAUGAAAGCCAUCUACCACACGCUCAACCUGUGCAACAUAGACGUCACUCAGAAAUGUCUGAUUGCGGAGGUCUGGUGUCCUGUGUCAGACCUGGACUCCAUCCAGUUUGCUCUACGAAGAGGAACGGAACGCAGCGGUUCAACUGUGCCAUCUAUCCUCAACCGAAUGCAGACCAAACAGACCCCGCCCACUUUUAACAAGACCAACAAGUUCACAUCCGGCUUCCAGAACAUUGUGGACGCCUACGGCAUCGGGAACUACCGUGAAAUAAAUCCAGCUCCGUACACCAUCAUCACCUUCCCCUUCCUGUUUGCUGUCAUGUUUGGCGACAUGGGUCAUGGCCUUCUGAUGACCUGCGCUGCCCUCUAUUUGGUCAUUCGAGAAAGUCGCCUCCUUUCCCAAAAGAGUGACAACGAGAUGUUCAAUAUGGUGUUUGCUGGUCGCUACAUCAUCCUACUAAUGGGGAUCUUCUCAGUCUACACAGGCAUCAUUUAUAAUGAUUGUUUCUCCAAAUCACUUAACAUGUUUGGCUCUGGAUGGAGUGUGAGGUCCAUGUUUGGUCCCAAAGGAGCCAACUGGACGUUUGAGACACUUGACAAAAACGCAGUGCUACAGUUAGACCCAGCCGUCCCUGGUGUGUUCAAUGGGCCUUAUCCUCUGGGAAUUGACCCGAUCUGGAACAUUGCCUCCAACAAGCUGACCUUCCUCAAUUCGUUUAAGAUGAAGAUGUCUGUCAUCCUUGGUGUCAUCCAUAUGCUGUUUGGAGUCUCCCUCAGUCUUUUCAACCACCUGUACUUCAAGAAACCUCUGAACAUCUUCCUGGGCUUCAUCCCAGAAAUAGUCUUCAUGGCCAGCUUGUUUGGUUACCUCGUCCUGCUGGUCCUCUACAAGUGGACGGCUUACGAUGCAUUUACCUCAAAGGAUGCUCCUAGCCUCCUAAUCCACUUUAUCAACAUGUGCCUCUUCAACUACAGCGAUCCCACCACCAAGCCCCUCUACGCUGGACAGAUGGGGAUCCAAGUUUUGUUGGUGCUCAUUGCCCUUGCUUGUGUGCCCUGUAUGCUGGUUGUGAAAACUAUGGUACUUCGGCGUCAGCACUUGUGGAAAGUGCACCUGUCACAGAAGAGGGAAGAAACCACUGCAGAGAAUCUAGAGCAAUCUUUAGAGCGAACAGGCGUGUCCUCAUCAUGCACCGGACUCACCCAACAGGGUACGCAGAAAUUUGGAGGGGUGCGAGUGGGCAACGGGCCCACGGAGGAUGAGGCUGGCAUCAUGGACCACGACCAGCUCUCCCAGCACUCAGAGGAAGGAGAGGAGCAAGCAGAGGAAGAGCCGUUUGACUUUGGUGACGUGGCUGUCCAUCAGGCCAUCCACACCAUAGAGUACUGUUUGGGAUGUAUCUCCAACACAGCCUCUUAUCUGCGUCUAUGGGCCCUCAGUCUGGCUCAUGCACAGCUGUCAGAGGUGCUGUGGGCCAUGGUGAUGCGCAUCGGUUUGUCCUCCCGGAGUGGCGGUGGCUUCUUUGGCCUGUCAAUUAUAUUUGCGGCUUUCGCCACCCUCACAGUUGCCAUCCUGCUCAUCAUGGAAGGGCUGUCGGCCUUUUUACAUGCUUUGCGUCUUCACUGGGUCGAGUUCCAGAAUAAGUUCUAUAUCGGCCAGGGCUUCAAGUUUGUCCCCUUCUCAUUUGAGAGCAUCCUGGAUGGAAGAAUUGAUGAGUGAUCAUUAGCUGGCAGAGUCCCCAGUCUUCUCUCCUCUUGUGUAUGUAAUUGUGUAUGAACACGACUAGUGCAAACCUCUGUGUCCCUCUGGUGGCAAUCCAUAAAACUUUGACUCCCUGUGAUGUUGGUAUCUAUUGCUAGUAUCCUUGGCUAUUCUCAUACUGGAUACUGUGUGCUGUGAACACUGUUUCCACACCAUGUCUAGCAGAUUUGAAUUUAUUUAUAGUUUUAGUAAGGCUUGUGCAAUAUGGUGUAAUUUCCUGUGGUGAGUUUAGGUCCUCAAUGUGUUUGGUUGAGGAAAUGAGUGCCCCACGUUUGUGUACGACUGGAUGUUUUUGGUAAAAUGUACUCCCUUCAUGGAAAUAAUCUUUACAAUAACUGUUCUUUUUGCACGUGACCUGUGUAGAUGGCACGUUGCACACACAUGCAGUCAGCCUGUUUGUCAUUAGCAAGAAGAAAAUAAUCAGAUGGUGUAAGGGUAUGUAAUUGCAAUGUGAAAGAAUGAUGCCAGCUAGGUCAUGUACAAGUGCAAUAUCAUUAUAUAUACAGUAUAUACAUUACAUUUCAUGAAUAAAUAAAUAAUUACCAGGUUGAAAUUUACUUAAAUCAAGUAGAAAAAAAUACAAUUAUUGUGUGACUGCUGAAGAGCGUGUUUACCUUCUUUGUUUUUAGCUCACACACAUUUCAACCAAUUCCAAUCAUUCCAGCAUCAAAAUGUUCAGCUAAUUUUUUGCUAUUUUUCACAUUCCAUGAUUCCAAAUUUCCACUACCCAAGUUCUCAAUGAAAUCAGUGGAGAAUUGUUCUAAAUCCCAUAUUUCUUAACACACUAUUGCAACGUCAAAACGUUCACGCCAGUCAGGACUUUCUCGCUAACAAUUUUCUACAUUCCAAAAUCCUCAAUGUUCCUGUGAACAUUUUCCUCAAUACACUUUUCCUUUGAACAUUCAAGUUCUUACUAUUCCCACAUUUCUCAACCAAAUCAAAUAAUUUUAGACUCGAAACAUUCAACUAAUUCUGGACAUUGCAGCUGACAACUUUUCCGCCUUCACACGCCGUUUCUGCAGAAAUUGCAUAGUCUUGUUGAUAAACUUAUACAGCAGGGGGUUUUACUUGCAGAAUAAAACCAUAUCAGUACAGUACAAGUUACAUCAGUGUCAGAUAUGCAUUUUCCCCAUCAUCCUCAUUGUUAAGAUGUCUGUGGAAAUAUUGAAUAAUACAUUGUCCCAUGUGUGCAUGACAUAUAAUACAGUAAACUGUGUUUGAAGUAACUAAAACCACAUUGAUUAAUUAUGUUGCUCAGGAGUAUUCUAUUUAAAGUGAGUCAAGAAAGCAACAACAUGCUUGAUUGUAAUUUUUUGUCGACAAUUUGUGACUAUUAGGUGUCAUGCUGCAUUUACCAUAAACUGCAGUUGCAUUCUUUGAUUGCAGGACAAUGAAUACAUUAUCACAAAUGUUAUUGUGAUGUUGGUCUAUUAGUGAUGUGGAAGGUCAAUUUGUUUGUGAUCAAUAAUAAAGCUGAGGUUUGGGGAA